AUGUCAAGAUCUGGUGUUGCUGUUUCCGACGAGGCCUUGAAGGCUUUCAACGACCUGAAACUCGGCAAGAAGUUCAAGUCGAUCAUCUACAAGCUCAAUGACGCCAAAACCGAGAUCGUCGUCGACUCCACGUCCACAGAGGACGCCUACGACGCUUUCGUCGAGGACCUGCCUGAAAACGACUGUAGAUACGCCGUCUACGACUUCGAGUACGAGGUCGGCCAGGGCGACGGCAAGAGAAACAAGAUCGUUUUCUACCAAUGGUCUCCAGACACCGCCAGUGUCAGAGCCAAGAUGGUGUACGCAUCUUCCAAGGACGCCCUGAGAAGAGCCCUGAACGGUAUUGGAACCGAAAUCCAGGGCACCGACUUCAGCGAGGUCGCAUACGAGAGUGUCCUGGAGAAGAUCAGCAGAACCACUGGUCUCCAUUAG